UACAACCUUAAGGUCGGGCACCUGAUCAGUCAAUCAGUCACAUGAUCUGAAAAUGGCUGACAUUUUAUCUAAACAUUUCCCGUUAGACUGUCGCGGUUAAGAUAUAUUGUUUAUCUCGUCUCUUUUCGUCCUAAUGGCCUGACAUGUGCCAUUUUAUUUAGAUCCAUUUGAAGCUAAGCCGGAUUAUAUCAAGACCAUUAUGGAUAUGCACAAUACACAGACAUACUUCUUCACGACCACGGAGCUGAAAAAUUUCUUGUUCAAGAAUCUUAACAUAUCAGGAGCCAAAGGCUUCGUGGUGCUGUGUCUACUGACGUUCCUCAUCAUGGCACUUUUCGAGGGAGUCAAGCUGGUGAAGAUUUUCUUCGAGCUGAAAGUGAAGCAGGAUCCGCUGACAUACAGUCAGACGGACAGCUCGGCUGAAGACAAGGAGGGCUUGUUAUCCUCACUGAUGUUCCCUGCUGACAUGGGCCAGAUCAGGAGGAGAAGAAUGAAGUACCAUUUUCUGGGCUGCAUGUCCCACAUGUUCAACAUGAUCAUCGCCUACCUCAUUAUGCUGGCCUUCAUGUCGUACAGUGUGUGGGUCGGGAUCGCCAUCACGCUCGGGUCUGUUGUGGGCUACUGGGUGUUCGGCUAUGUUCAACAACAUAUGGUAGAACGAUACAGAAAACUGAACCAACUGCAGAUGAUGUCAAUAAAAGAUCACGAGCGGUCUGGUGUGGGCUACUGGGUGUUUGGCUAUGUUCAACAACAUAUGGUAGAACGAUACAGAAAACUGAACCAACUGCAGAUGAUGUCAAUAAAAGAUCACGAGCGUGAAGAGGAGUGUGCAGCCAUCAACACUACAGUACAGCCCGAACAUUGUCACAUUUGACGGGCCGGGGCUAUCUCAGGAAGGGCGGGGCUUAGGAUGAUUGGCAGCUUAUUUCAUAAGUACUAUUCAUACUUAGGCAGAUAUUUUGAUAAGAGGACAAAUUUUAUGAUAUUGAUAAUUGUGAUAGUUUUAAUUUUAAUUUAUGAAGUAUGGGUGUAUGGGUUAUGAGACAGGUGAUAACAAUGAAAGAAUAAAAUGAAUGAGUCACAUGAAUAAGGAAGAUGUUGAAAUUAGGAAUCUACGUGCUGCGUGUUAAAAGUAGGUGUCAAUUGUCACAUUGUUUCAUGUCAACCAUUUUAUGUUUUUCCUUAGUCUGUUAUCAGAGCUACAGAUAAGCUGUGUAUUUGCGUAAUAUACCCCCCGAAACUAUUCAAAACCCAAUUACUUUCAAUUAACUUGUGUACAGAAACGCAUGCAUUAAAUGGAAAACUCAAUUGUUUGAAAACAGCUCGUGUACAUACCCAAUGAAUCUUUUUCACCAUGCGUACAACGGAACUAAUUUCCGAAACAAAAUUACAAGCUAAUUUACUUUCCGAGUCAAGCCUAUAUUUAGAAAAGUUAUAUACAUCUAAAACAUUAUUUCAUUUUUUUUGUAAUCUCAAAAUACUUACUCAUUUUGAGAAAAACCCAAUAGAGUGAUGAAUAGAUGAGUGAAAAAAUAUUGGUUACCCAAUGAAAAAUGUAAUAACCCAGUUAGAAGAGAAACCUUUGAGUAAAAACUCAAUUGCUCAAAUAUUUAUCUGGGGCUCUGUGUCAUACAGCCCCUGAAACAAAAUAGAC